AUGAGUCUGUUGGCGGACAUCUCCGUUGCGGCAGAGAUGCUCGGAGAGCUGAAGACUGCUCAGAACUUUGUCAUUGACAACCCCUCCGCCGUUGGACUCUUGAAGGAGUUCGUUCUUGGUGGCUGCGACAGCUUAUAUCCAGCUAGGUAUAGCACUAUUCUUUGUGUCAAUGUUCCUUCAAAGAAUGAUGUUUGA